GUUUUAUCGUCCGGAAUAUGCGGCCAUUACAUAAACCUGGUCCUAAAUCAAAAACGGGCGGAUGCAAUCUUCUUGGCGAGAUUGAUACAAGUUCCUCGAGUGAAGUUACAAAUUUUCAUUCACCGCCGAGACAAACGGCAGCCGCUCGGCGAUCUCAGAAUGAUGGAAGAACUUCUACGGUACGAAAAUCUAGAGCACCAGAAAGAACAUUACAACCUGUUCCAACUCCAAGUGCGUCGAGGCAAUCAAGGGGCAGCAGUCGUCGCAAACAAAGAUUGCCCAGCCGCAAAGAAUUAAAACUCUUGCAGAGAACAGAUUUUAUGAUACCACGACUAAGUUUUUCUCGAGUCGUACGCGAAAUUAUGAUGCAGUUCUCAAGCGAUGUGCGUUGUAUAACGGCUUUAGCCCUGGAGGCUCUACAGACAGCAGCAGAAAAGUAUAUGGAAAAUCGUUUUGAAGAUGCAUAUUUGUUGUCGUUGCAUGCGGGGCGAGUUACACUGUUUUUGAAGGAUUUGGAAUUAAUCAAUUAUUUGAUGGGUAGAUAUAAUUUGUAAAUUAAUAUUAAGAAACGACAUGAAGAAACGAGCUUCAUAUUUGUAUACAAAAGUGUCGUAUAUCAAUAUAUUUAAGAAGUAAACGUGAAGAUGUCAAGAGAUUGAAAAUUACCUCGAAAUUAAUUUUAUUCGAGAUUGUUUUUUUUUUUUUUAAUUUUUAAAAACCCAUCUGCGAUUUCAAAACGAAACGAUUUCUAGGCGAUAAAUUUAUCUGCAUUU